CUUUUCUUUUAGCUACGCUGGAUCCGUAAUGGGAGCGGGUAUCUGCGGUGAUGACCCUCCGAAAGAAACAAAAAAAAAAAGAGGAAAUCAGAGACCCUCUCCCCAACCCCAUCCCCAACGAGAAAAAAUUCUCCGUAGCGCGAAGAUUAAAAGCCAGCAACAAAACUAGAAAAACCAACUUCCCAAUUCCCACUCCUCAGUGGAUACGCUGUCCAACUCCUCCUAAAGCCGAUAUGACAUUCCUGCCUUCUGUCUUCUCGGACGGGACGACGUUGAACGACUCCACCGGCGCCGAAGAUCACUGGCUAUUGUUUCCAAGGUACAUUAGGGGGUACGCAGUAGUGUAGUGGUUACUGCAUUCGGGGGGAUACGUUUCUUCACUUGACUUUGAUUUUCCCAAUUAUUCGUUGAUCGGGAUCGACUUACGUAUACUG